AUGAUAUUCAGCCCCUUGUGGAACCGUGAGCAUAUUAGCAAUGUGACGAUCUCCUUCAAGGAACCUUUUGGAACCUCUGGUCGCGGUGGAUAUUUCGAUGAUUUCGGCGUCAUUCGCGACGUACUUCAGAAUCAUCUCAUCCAAGUCCUUGCCCUGCUCGCCAUGGAAAAGCCUCUUUCUUUGAGUGCUGAAGACAUUCGCGGCGAAAAGGUAAAGGUUCUGCGUUGCAUUCGGCCGCUCAAGUUGAGCAAUCUUGUGGUUGGUCAGUACGUUCGCAACCCUGAUGCUGAGGACGAGGAAGGAAAGCAGGGCUAUCUCGACGACCCAACCGUCUCUAAAGAUUCCAUCACACCAACUUAUGCCUGUGCGGUUCUCUACAUCUCAAAUGAUCGCUGGCAAGGUGUUCCCUUCAUUCUGCGUGCAGGGAAAGGUAAACAUUGCGUCUAUACCAUAUCAUUCCUCAUGAUUUUAUCGCUAUAG